UGCUGGCAGUUUGGUUAGUCGAGUGAAAGACUUCGAUGCGUGCGGAAGCAACAAACCUGUUUCUCCACGUGUGAACUUUUUCUCAACCUUUAGCAGUAGUGUUCUUGACAGCUAGUACCGAUCUUCCGUUCGGGAUUUCAACUUCUAGCCUCCCUGAGGCCUACCGGAUUACCUUUUCUCCUGUAUCGGAAAUAACUUGUCUGUGUAUUUUAGAAAUUCCUUCAUCGAUCAGCGUCAUCAUCAAUAUUUAUGAGUGGACUUCCAAGCGAAAGGAAAACAAAAUUCUUCGGCCCUAAGUGGAACUUAACCAACCAGUCGAGCGCUACAAAAUCAACGUACCGAGAAUAAUCAUAGGCCGAUCGAUAGGUCUCUACACAGGGUACAACUCGUUAGAACUUCUCGGCUGAAAGUGAAACGCAAACUAGCUCCGGUGCAGUUUUUUUUUAGUUUUGAGCCUAGACGUCCUACCUAGAUGAAGUGUUCCAAGUUUGAACCAAAAUAGUGAAGCGGUGAACAGAAGGGGGUCUUAAAGCCUUUUGAGACCAACGGAACUGGUUCUGUGUUAAAUUUUGCUCAAGAAUUUGGACUCGGUUCUCGAAGAUUAAUCUGCUCUAGUACCCGAGUUAGCGGAUACUAGUUUACUAAACUAAAUUGUGAGUGUACUAGUGGUGGUGAUUGAAAGUGUAGCCAAAAGGUGACUUGCGUGGGAUCAGAUCCAAGGAACGGCGCGGAUACUUUGUUGGUGCUUGAAACGGGAUUUUUAAAUACAUUAUCUUCAAGAUUGAAGAAACUACAACAAUAUUGAUAAAAGCUGUAUUCAAUGUGUACCCUACAUACUCGGCAAUAACUGGCAGGAUUUAAUAAGAAUAACUGAAUCGGCGAAUUUUUAGCUGUUUAUUUCCAACAGAUUCAAAGCACAACUGCCACGUUGUCGAUCCCUCGGUAAACGACACUCGGCAAGAUGGACGAUUCUACGUCGUCCAGCCACAACGAUCACACGGCGGGCGAUGCCUAUGCCUACAAGAACGAAAUAUCGCUCUCGAUUGGCGAUGAAGAUCAGAACUCUGGAACUAACAGCACCGCGGUGCCAACUCCCUCGCCCCGCCAGGUCGAAGUUCCGAUGGCGGGAGACGACAGCGAAUACACCACCCUCAAGGAUAGCAGUAAGAAUGGUGGCAGCCAGAUGAAUGGGUUGGAUAAUCCGGCCUUCGAACCGGAGAAAGAAAAACGACCGCUCAGUUCGUUUGGACAGUCCGGAGAAAAGUCACUCGGUGCCGUUUCGAUGAAUGGCAAAGCAAAUGGAAAUGGGGAGAAGUCACUUGCCGAAACCGUCAAUUUGGAGCUGCUGAGUAUGUCCAAGCCUUCGAAUGGCCAUCAGAAUGGCGCUGGAGCUCUACCAGUGAAGAAAGAUACCGAGGUGGACAUUGGAGAUCCCUAUGAUGAGUACUUUGUGCCGGUGAACGAACAUCGGAAGUAUAUGAGCGUCUCGUUUCAAAAGACGCGACGCCAUGCGUACAACCAGCACGACCGUGGCGUGGACUACACCGGGCACUCGGUUAACGAGCCGGCCCAAGGAACCGUGGACUUUAAACAGUGGACCAGAAUCACGAGAGGAGAGAAAUUGUACGUGACAAAGGAUAAACGAGACAAAAAGAAGAAACCCUGGCUGUGUUGGGUUAUCGGGCUGGGAGUUCUACUAGCUAUCAUCAUCAUCGGUAUACUGGCAGGAUCGGGUGUGAUCUUCAACGAGAAUCCAACUCCGGUAGAGUCACGCAAUUUCGCCGAAGGAAAUCCAGUGGCAGCAGCCGGAGUCUUCGGAGCAGGAUCGUCACGCCAGCAAAACGCCUCAACAUCUACUUCUACGCAAUACCCAUCAACUCCAUCGCCUCCCAGCUCAACGGUGCCUCCAAUACCUCCGACAACCGAGGAAAACAUCGUCUACGUACCGAAUACGAUCGAAGGCCAGAUCACCCUAGCCAAUUUGGAGUUCUUGGAUGACUACCGUGAUCGUAACAGCUCCGCGUAUCAGGUUCUGGUAGCAGAGCUAGAGGAGGAAAUCAGGGAAAGUCUUCAGCUGCCACUACCCCGUGAUAAGUUCUACGUGAAGAUCAUGAGUUUGAAACCGGGAUCCGUGGUAGUGGACUAUCGGCUUAGUUGGGACAAUUCUACAGUAUCGCUAACGAUGGACACCCUGCGGGAAAGGCUAACCGACUAUCUUGCCGACAAUGGGAACUAUCUUGCCACCUAUAUCGUUCCCACCAAUACGAUCAGGGUUGCCAGGCUGCCAGAUAUGUGCGCCUCCGGAACGUCCGAUAUGAAUUGCGAAUUCAACUGCCAGUUCAAUGCUCGGCUGGGUGAUUUCAUGUGCGUCUGUCCACCGGGAAUGCUGUUGAACAAUGAUGAUGGAAAAUCAUGCUAUCGGCCUGUUCCGGCUCUACAACCCCAGCCUGCUCCCGAGCCGGCACCGAAAUCGGAUGAGGAAGAUGAUGAUUUCUUCAAGCUAGACGAUUUCAGUGAUUUUUCAUCAUCUAGCAAACCGGAACCAUCCAGUGAGCCUGAACCUGCUAGUGAACCGGAGCCAUCCAGUUCUCCUGAACCGGAGCCUUCUAGCUCAGCGGAACCGGAACCCGCGAGCGCGGCUGAACCUGAACCAUCUAGCUCAGCGGAACCAGAAGCAGAACCAAAACCGGAACCCACCAGUGAACCCGAGCCUGCUAGCGAACCUGAACCAUCGAGUGAACCUGAACCAUCGAGUGAACCUGAACCAUCCAGCUCAGCAGAACCGGAGCCAUCGAGCUCAGCUGAACCUGAACCUUCUAGCGCAGCCGAACCUGAACCUUCAAGUUCCCCUGAACCGGAGCCAUCAAGUGAACCCUCUGCCGAACCUGAGCCAGCUAGUGAACCCGAACCGGCAAAGGAUUCAGAAUCGCUCAAGGAGCAUCCAACAACGAAACCAACACCAGAACCUUCAAGUGAACCCGAGCCAACGAGCGAACCAGAACCAGCCAGUGAACCUGAACCAUCAAGUGAACCAACAUCUCACAAAGAUACAACUUCAACCACAGAAUCCAAUCAGUUUGGUAAAAUCAUGCAAGAUCCAACGCCAGCUAGUGAACCAGAACCCGAACCUACGAGUGAACCGGAGCCAUCUAGCGAACCAGAACCUUCCAACGAACCAGAUAAGUCCUCUUCGAAUCAAUCUACUAAGAUAGGAUUCGCAGAAUCGAGUAGCACAACACCGGAACCAGAACCUACCAGUGAACCAGAGCCCAGUUCUGGGCCUGAGCCUUCAAGCGAACCAAAUCCAAAGGCAGAAGUUGAACAAUUUAAAAACCUACCGGAAGAACACACAAGUGAAUCUUCAACAACCGAAGCGGACCUAGGAAAGCUGCGAUCUUCUACUGAAGGUUCGUCCACAACCUACAGCAGCUCUACCAAUGCCAUCGAAGAAGAGCAUACGGUCCCUGUUUUCGUCAACGGUGGCUCAUCUUCGACCACACUGCAUACUGACGUUAGCACAGAGUCAUUCUCAACGACUAGUGUUAAACCGUCCUCGGAAACACCAGCCCCGGUAACGGAAAACAUUGUUGACGAUACUCCUCAACCUUCUGUAGGAACCUACCUGAUAGCUGCUAAAACCACCAAGACACCCAAAGAACAGAUGAACAUCUUCGAUGGACGAGCGUUGAACAGCGAAGAAACUGAAACUACCUCAGAAUCACCCUACUCAACCUCUAGCCCAAUCAUGCUGGAACAAUGGCGUUCAUCAACAAGCUUCUCCACUUCAACUGAAUCGCUCGAUCAGGCAAAGGAACCCGAAGAAGACAUGUCUCCGUUCUUGCCGAACAUAGAAUCCUCGAGCGCCAAAAACCGAGGAACCUACGCCGUGACGGAAACCGUUCUGGAAGCAGAGACGGCACCAUCCAUACUCACGCACGCUGACCAAUCCCCUUUCUUGCCAGAAAUUGAAAAUAAUUCAAGCUUGGUUAACCUACUGCACGAAGGACUCGAUCGACAGGAGGGUUUCGAAAACGAAUCACAGCAGCAACAUUUCCUAGACGUUCUACCACUCGUAAAGGACGGUGGCCGAAACGAUUACAAGAAACAGCUGGAUACUGAAAUUACUAAAAUCUUGGUUGCAACUACGAUCCGUACCUACGAACCAACGACGAUAGAAUCCGUCGAAGACCUGUUUACCGCGGCCAGUUCGAGAAAUGUUGUCGAACAAACCACCAACGUCGUCGACGACUCAGCGGCAUUAACCAGUACCGAGAAGGACGUUGAAGAAACUACGCUCGGGAAGCUCGAAACAAGCAGCAGUGCUCAGCUGAAGGAAGCAACCACAACGGAACAUGUUGAGGAAAGACCUGCUACGAUGGUAAUGGAGGAGGUUCAUGUUUCACCCAAGGAAGAAGUUGAAGAGCUGUACAACUCUGAGAAGUCGGAUGAAAAGUUGACCUCUCCCAAGAAGGAUGUUGAACUUGUAACGUAUAAUAAGGAAAUAGUAAUUCACUCCACCGAACCUGUGACCGAAAUGGACGUUGAUGAAAAGGCAACGACAAUGCGUGUUGUAGCGAGCUCAGCCAGUCAGCCAGCUAAGCUUGAACUGGAAGAGGAGCGGUCUACUACACUGAAAAUGGAAACCGAAGAAGAGGAACCCAAACCAGCGAAAGUGGUAGCUGAAGCAACAACAGCCAAGGAAGUUGAAGAGACAACUGCCCACACAGCAGAGAAAGCUGCUUCAUCGAUAACCGAGGCUGGAGAGAACGCAAAACUGACGGAAGAAACCAAAAACUCUACGGUUGAAGUCAAUGAACCAUUGCAUACGACAACCGCUAAGCAAGUAACCUUAACAACCGAAUCAACGACGACAAACUCCAAGCAAGACAUCCUCGAGAAAUCAUACCAAGACCUAGACGAAAAUAACGACAUUUCGGAAAACGACUUAAAAGUUAUCCCUCUAGAAAAGAAAGCAGACCGCUUCAAAGAAACACCACCACCGGAUCCAACGACGCAUCAACCUCAAAACAACCAGGAAUCCACCUUCGAAACGACUACCGGUCAUUUUUUAGACGAAACGACGUUUCAUUUGAUUAGAUCAGAACGAUCGAAUGGAACGUCGUUAAAGCAGACCAGAAAUUCUGAAACGGGACCUAUGAGCGAUGUUGCGGGGCAAACCAGCACCACCAUGUUUACUAAAUGUGCCGUCGGGCAGUUUGAGUGCGUCAAUGGAACCUCGAUCAAGGAUGGUUCUUCUUGUAUCCAGCGAUCGGAACGGUGCGAUUCGGUGUCGCACUGUUCGGAUAACUCGGACGAGCGGGAUUGUGAAAGGUUAGGAUGUCCAGGACAUUUCCAGUGUCGAGAUGGUUUCUGUUUGGCUCGGCAUCACGUGUGCGAUGGUAUUACUCACUGUAACGAUGGAAGUGAUGAGGUGGAUUGUACCGAGUGGCAGUGCAAUUUUGACGAGAUUUCCUGUAAUCCGUCGAAUGGAGGAGGUGGACCAUGUUUGCCGGCAUUGUGGAAGUGCGAUGGACGGGAUCAGUGUGCGAAUGGAUUUGACGAAACGAAUUGUCCGGAUACGUGUACGAACGAUGAAUAUUUCUGCGUAGGUCAGCGGAAGUGUAUACCUGAAGCGUGGCGCUGCGAUGGAAAGACGGAUUGUGCAGGGGACGAGGAUGAGCGACUGUGCGAUUGUCCGAUGGGUAACUUCCAGUGUAGCACUGGAGGAUGCGUUCCCGGUAAUUAUGUGUGUGAUGGACAAGCUCAGUGUCCGGAUUCGUCUGACGAGUGGGGCUGUUUCAACGUUGACGAUGAAGCGCUGAAAGUACGGGUAGAAUCUCAGGAGUUUAGUCCGGUUUGUGGAGAUGGCUGGACCCAGGAGUUGUCCAAUUCGGUUUGCGCCGAGUUGGGUUACUCUAAGGCGAAAUCCUUUGCAGUGAUGAAUAGCACGGUGGGAAAUUCGUUCUACCGUUACGUGAACGAGAAUAGCUCAAACCUGUUGAGUAGUUUUGCGCUGACUGUUGGAUGUCACAGCGGACCGGUUCAAGUUGAAUGCGAACGAUAUACUUGUGGAAGUGAUGGCAUUACUCCAUCCCUGGAGCAGCGGAUAGCGGGAGGAAUUCAUUCCGAUCCGAAUCAAUUGCCAAGUCUGGCGUUAGUCUAUAGCAACAAUGCAGCAAUCAAGUGCACCGCUAACAUAAUUUCUCCCCGGUGGGCCCUCGCCAGCUACUCCUGCAUCAUGGGCAAGACGGAGUUCAUCGACAACCGGAACGUGGCCGACCUGAACUGGAUGCUGUACGCAGGAACCUCUCUGUUCAACUCUUCCCAGGUUGAUGACGCGGCCAGCAGCAGCAACCAACACCGGAACAACUCCUACCAGGUCAUAGAGAUCCUCAAGAUUGUACCCUACCCUCAGGCCAAGUACAAACAGUUCCUCUAUACCGGUGACGUUGUGCUGCUAGAGCUAGUCAAACCGUUGGAGUUCAACCAGAUGAUCGGUAGCGCUUGUAUGGUGGAACACUCGAAGGUCGGAGUGGACGAGCUUUGUCUGACUGCCGGCUGGGGUGUUGAUCCACAGGACAUGAGUACCAAUGAGCAAUACCUGAAGUAUCUUCCGGUGCCGACGAUGCCGACUGAGCAGUGCAACUCUAGUGCCCACUACAAUGGGCUGCUCGCUGAGGAAACGAUCUGUGCGGGCUACCUCAGCAGCAACAAAACUACUUGUUAUAACGACGAAGGUGCCCCGCUGAUGUGCCACACCGAGCAAAGCGGCCAGUGGCGUCUGGAGGGCAUUCUCAGUUACCACGGAAACUGUGGUAAGCGACCACAUCCGGCCAUAUACAAUUCGAUUACCUCAAGCAUUUCCAACUGGAUCCGGAACACGGUCGGCAAUGGGCUGAUGUUCGAGAAGAGUGCCGCACCCACCGGAAGUUCCGAACUUUCGUCCACCGAAUCCAGCCCAGUCAUGACGACGCGACAACAAUGAUCAGUGACGGUGACCUCGAAUACAGCAACACCCUCAAACCAGCCACGUGUAAAUAGCGAAAGUGUAUUAUAAGCAAGACGACGGAGAAGCGACUACGUUAGUUAAGUAGCAACUAUUUGAAGAAAAGGUAGGAGUUGGAAGAACGUCAAAAUCUGUAUUUAUAGCUAGCGACUAGAAGCAAGAAAUGAGAGUUUAAUUCUGCGUUUUCGGUAUAAGCAUAUCUGAAUAAUUAGAACAAGAAGAAGGAAACCUAGUCACAAAAGUCGAUUAUUUUGUGCCAAUACUUAAAAUGGGAGUUGAAACAAUCUUAUUUUCAUGAAAUGAAACUAAAAAUUAUAAAAAAAAACUUGUUUUCGAAAUAAAAAGAAACAUGAAUAAUCAUACCAAAAAUACCAAUUUGGAAUUAUUUGCCGUUACCAGAAACAAAAGCAAUUGAAAAUCUUCUCAAUGAUGAAAAAAUUCUAUCAGUUGUCCCUAGGCGGACACUAAAAUAUUUUUUUUAUAUGAACAUGUUUUUAAUCCAAUGAGUAUGGAGCGUUCGAGUGUAAAUAAGACUUUUAUAUAAAACAAAAAUCUAAUCACAGUUGUACUAGUAAAAAUAAGUUUGUAGUUUGAAAAAAAAAAAAAUUAAAAGAGGAACCUUAACACAAGCGAUGUUUUGAAUUACAUAUAUUGGUGUAUACCUAAGGUAGUGUAUUUAGUGCAACGCAAAAUAGAACACUUUUUGAAUUGUGCAUUGCUGAGAACGGCAGCUACCCGUUUUGUUUCCAGUUAAUCGUAUAAUUAGGGCCGAGUAGGAUUAUAUUGAAAUAGCAUACUUCUACCGUGUGAGUGGUUCUCAUCGAAAAUACUCAAAAUGGAACAAUUGGUAACUGGAUCCAAAAUUUUCUGAAUAGCCAGAAGAUGAGUGCCUUUUUCUUAUGGGAGCUAAUAUGUAAGUAAUUCGUACCGAAACGGAACUGCGCACAAAUUCGACGUCAACAAUAAACUAAUGAAACUAUCGUUUUUAUCAUA